AUGGCGGGUGACUCGAAAUCCCAUUCACAACAACCACAACAGCGCAUGACGAGAGCGCGAGUGGCCUCGUCUGCCGUCACAAAAAAUGCCAGAGCCAUGACCGCCGCUGCCAAAGCCAGGAGCGUGACCUCUAGCACCAGCACCAACACCACCACAUCCGCGACAUCUGCCACGACUGCCCCUGGCGCAUCCAGAGCCACCGCGCCCACUGCUGCUACAAGCCUCAAGAGAAAGGCCCGAACCGACGAUGAUGAAGACGACGACCAUCACGCAAAGCACCGUCCUGCUCCAGCCUCAGUUACGCGACCCGUACGUCUACCAGCCGCCGCUCUCGCAACCACCCGCGCCACCCGGGCUCGAGCACGGAAUCCAGCCAACGAAGCUGCAAAGACAUCAAGACCUGCCUCUUCAGCAUCAGUUAAACCCGCAUCCUCCCUUGCAUCAAGACCAGCGUCAUCAGCGUCUAGCAGACCGCCAGUAACGGCCCCGCGCGGUAGGCCGCCGACCAAAGCUCAAGAACCUGCCUCCAAGGCCACUCGCGCGACGCGUUCAGCCAAGCCCGACGACCAAUCUUCCUCAACAGCCACUUCCAGAAAUACCAGCACAACCAGGACGCGACCGACCGGCUCGACGGCGACCGCGCCCACCGCUGCAUCCAAAGCCCUCGCAAAGCCCGCCGUAAAGAAGACGGUCAAGUUCGAGGAGCCGGAAAAAGAAAACAUUGGGCCUCCGGGAGGAAAGAGGAAGAAGGCAGGACCAAUUGUCAAUGCCGGGGGUCUUCGCGCGAAACCAGUCAGGACUCGGACCGGUGCGACAGCCAAGGGAUCAACAUCAACCGCCAGGAGAGAUGCUGCUGCCAAUGGCACGACAAACAAGCCAGUGUCUCGUACUGGCCGGCCAGCUACACCCAACGAUGCUCCCGAAAACACCAAGGUCGAAGGCAUGAAACACAAGCCUCUUCCCCUCAGCCCUAAGAAAGUUAACCAACUAGUGGCAGCCGCCAAACACGGUGACGACUCGGAGGACGAACUUGCUAUUCAUGAGAACAGUCCGGCCUUGUUGCAGCCAUUACUGACAGGCAGAGCUCCCAUCAAACCGCCGGCGCCGAAGACCAGCAAGAAGGCACAGGAGAAACAACCCGAACAGGACCAGCCACAGGAACCCGAAGCUGCGCCCGUGUCUACUUCCACCGCGAAUUCCGAACCCGAAGAGCAAAACAAGGAUGCCUCCGCCGAACCUUCAGUCUUGAAGCCCCACUUCCUUCCGGCCGAACACCUCUCGAUGCUCGCUUCUCCCGCUCGCCGUCCUCCACCAUCUCCCUGGAAGAACAGUAUCAAGACCCCGGCCAAGCGCGUCGAGGGUCUCUUUGCUGGCGUCCCUCUACUCGCCAACCGACCGGAUGGGCAAUCCGUUGCACAACCCGCCAAGAACGUUCCCGGCCUUCUUGCCAGUCCAGCCAAGAGGCCACCCGGAAAUGCGACUGUGUUGAUGGGUGGAGAAAUUCUUGCUGGUGCCGCCACCACCUCCACGAAUACCGGAAUAAUGGGUCCGCCCUCCCUCUUUGCCAGCCCGGCCAAGAGGAUGCCAAUGUCCGCUGUAAAGGCACAGCCCAUUGUGGAGGAAGUUGCUGCUGAAACAAAGCAUUCUUUGCUCGCCAGCCCACCUGUCAAGUUCGGCACUGCUAGACGCAAGUCGCAACGUCUGGAGGAGAUGGCACGGGAGCAGGAACCCAAAGAGGAGGAAAUUGAGCAUAAGGAGGAGGAACAAGACAACCAUGCGCAAGAGGAUGAGGAGAUGGAGAACGAACAGCAGGUUCACGAGCAGGAACCUGAACAGGAAGACGAAGAGAUGGAUUCCACGGACGAGGAGGACAACGACGGUCCUUCUGGUGAGCUUGGCGAGCGUACGAUGCAGAUUCUCACUUCCUCAGCAAAACCUGCUAGGCUACUGUUUACUGGUCGUCGACGAUCUCUAAGGCAUAUGGAAAAGGAAGCCGAACCUACUGUUCAGGAAGAGCCAGAACCUCAACUUGAGGAGGAGCAUGACCAGGAGGAGGAGCAUGAGGAGGUGGAAAAGGAUGCUGAAGACGAGGUGGAGGAGGAAGAGCACGAGGUUGAGCACGAGGUCGAGCACGAGGUUGAGCAGGAGGAGCAGGAGUAUGAGCAGGAGGAGCAGGAGUAUGAGCAGGAGGAGCCUGAGGUUGAUCCCCAGGAGCCCGAGCUUGACCAGGAGGAGGCCGAAGAGGAACAUGGGGAGGAACACGAGGUUGACGAAGAUCAAGACCAUGAGAUGACAGACAGGGAUGAGGAGCAGGCUAUCGAGCCCGAGAUCAUCGAACCAGAAACCGACGAGGACUCGAUGGAGGUCGAUGAGGUCGAGCUGGACAACGAAAGUGUCGAGCAAAUCGUCAUUCCCGAGACCCCGCAGCCUGAGAAUGAUGACCAGAGCUAUUUGGACAUCGACCUGAGCAUCAGCACCACCCCUCCCGAGUCACCACCUCAACAUCUGCUCAAUGGCCCUUCGUUCGGUAAUCUUCGCCAGGAUGUCCUCAACCCUUCUGAGGACACGGAGGACGCAACCCCUACCCAACCCACAAGAGGCAGCAAGGCCAACCCUCAUCCUGCUGCUACACCUUCUGUCAACACCGGCCACCGGACUCCUUCUGGUCGAAGCACAACUAAGAGAAUGCGCUUUGACAACGGCAACUCCGGCCUUGGCUUCACGCCCCUGGCAAACCAGUUGAGCGGAUGGAAGGGAGGUGUUACACCGGCACCCCCCAAGGUUAACCUGCUCAAGUCUACGGCUACCCCAGCUAAGGCUACUCCUUUCGAUAACUCCAGCCUUGGAUUCACCCCCCUAGCUGAGAAGCUGAGCAGUUGGCAUGGCGGAGUUACUCCUGCGCCUCCGAAGGCCCAAGCAUCUGCAAAGACUCCGGCACUCACCAAGAACGAGACAGCCCCCAGCCUUGGAUUCACGCCGCUGGCCAAUCAAAUUAGUGGCUGGAAUGGCGGUGUUACUCCCGCUAAGCAUAACGCCGCGGCUUCUUUGGAAGGCAGGUUUAAUCGAAGGAGAAGCUCCAGGAGGCUGCAGCAGGUGGACGAGCAGGAGGAGAUGCUCUUUGACGUGGCUGCGAUGAAAGAGGCAGGCAUCUUUGGAACUUCGGUUGCACGCCAACCGAAACAGCAGAAGUCCAAGGAAUCUUCGCCUGAGAAAACUACUGAGGAGACCCCUAAGGCUGAUGCGAAGACUUCGGCUGAAGUUGAGGCUAGUGUUCAGCAGCAACAGGAGGAUGAGAACAUGGAAGUGGUGCAGCAACAAGAGACUGUCCAAAUGGAGCGACACGAGGAAGUUCAAGCGGAGGUUGACUCUGCUGAUGUGAACAAUGUACCCGUUGACGAGGGUGCCCAUGAGGCUGCCGAGGUUGUCGAGGGCGAAGAGGAGCAAGAGGAAGGGGACUCCGUCGAGACGGUCAUGGCCGAUGCCGAUCAAGCAGAGGUCGACCCUGAUGCCAUGAUUGACGAUGAUGAUGCAUCCCCAAUCCUCGAGGACAUCCCUAUCACCACUGAAGAUGUUGAGCUCGCGGCCGAGGCCGAGGCGUUAGCUCGCAUUUCUGAUGUCAUGGACACAACCGAUGGCGCCGAUAAGGAUGGAAGCCAGCACAGCGUCUCUGAUAACCUUUCGGAAGCGAGCCAGGAAUAUGGCGACGAGAAUGCCAUUCCGAUCAUGGCCGAGUUCACUACCCGCCCGCUGAAUGUCAACCUCUUUACGCCGGCUGACACCACAAACCGUGUCACCAGACGAGCUUCCGCUGCUCUUGCUCACCCGACCACCCCGGUUCGCCCGCAGGCUGCUGUGAGGGAGGUGCACACAGUCUCCAAGGUUCCUCUCAAGUCAGGCGAUGGAUUUACCGCUCCGCCACCGCGUUCUCUCAGACCUAGAAAGUCGGGAAGAAGCAGUCUCUCGAGGGUAUCCUUUGUGGACACUACUGAUGUGAUCAUUGAAGAGCGUCAGGAGGAGAUGGAGACUGUGCAAGAGGAGGCCGAGGAGGACCAUGAGCAGGAGCAGGAGAAUGAGCCCGUUGAGGCCCACAUCCACCGGACUCCCAUGAAGGCGACUCCAGUCAAGCAAACUCCCACCCAACAUACUACUCCCUUCAAGACACCCUUGAAGCAGACCCCACCUCAAGUCGUCGCUGAACAGAACAACGCUCCUGUACCGUCGCCGCCCAAAGGUCACGAGAUCACUACGGAUGAAGCCGGCCGCCAGAGACGCCGUAGUCGUCGCAUCUCUAGCAUGGGUGCGGGAGCAUCACUGGCCGAGAUCCCAGAAGACGAAGCCGAGUUUGGGUCCCCGAUUGCCGAGGAACGGGAGCCAGAGGAUGAAGAAGAUGACUUUGUCCCCUCCGAGCCGGUCACGCCCGCUAAGUCCGAGGACCUCAACCCCAAGCUGCUGAGGGGAGCGGUCGUGUACUGCGAUGUGCAUACCGCUGAGGGUGCCGAUGCCAGUGGGCUCUUCAUUGAACUUCUGAGCCAGAUGGGCGCGCGUUGCGUGAAGAACUGGACGUGGAAUCCCAAUGCUGGUGCUUCGGGUGAUGAGCCGGUAUCUGGAUCGGGACACAAGAUUGGUAUCACGCAUGUGGUGUUUAAGGACGGUAGCAAGAGGACUUUGGAGAAGGUCAAGGAGAGUCAAGGUGUUGUGCAGUGCGUGGGUGUCAGCUGGGUUCUUGAUUGCGAACGUGAAAACAAGUGGCUAGAUGAAGCCGAUUACCUCAUCGACCUCACUUUCAUCCCCCGCGGCGGCGCCCGUAGGAGAAAGAGCAUGGAGCCCAAGGCGCUCGCCAAUCUCAACGGCACCCUUGUUCCCUCCGGCUCCGGCUCCAGCACUACCACCGUCACCAACAGCACAACCAAGAUAACCACGACCACAACAACGACUACCACCAACUCAUUCUCAUCCUCGACCACUACCCGCCCGUCUCAACAACCCACGACCCCCGGUAACACCACGUCCACCGGCCGCAGCAAACGCCGCUCUUCUUCUCUCUGGGUCCGCACCCCUCCCUCCCCCGACGCCUCUUCUUCAUCGCCCAAUGGUGGUGACAACCGUCGCGUAAGCGACUCCAUCCUGGCCAUGUCAACCUCAAUCAACACACAACCUCACCAAACCCAGGCAGGGGAAGAAGAGGAAGAAGAAGAAAGGGAAUGGACGACCCUCUCACCAAUCCCUAAGACUCCCGCGCCCGAGCACGUCGCCCGCUUAGCAGCCAACCUAUCCCCGGCCUCUUCCACCGUCACCGAUUUUGCUGACCUUAACAACAUGGGUGUCGAUGGUAUGGACGACGGUGGUGGUUUCCUAAUCCCCGCUGACGAAGCAGGGCAUAUCGAAACUGAUUUCCUGAGGGACGCCAUGCCUGAGCACCAUGGUCACACUCACGGCCAUGGUCACAAUUCUACCAGCCUCGCAGAAAGAGGAGCAAUGACUUGUCCGCCAAAACCUAGUUUGAGCUAUGCUGUUCCUUCUGUUCCUGCCCCUCCCCAAUCUCGUGGAAGGAGCUUGUUCUCAAUGUCAGUCGGAUCAGCUGGAUUACCAAGUGUUGAUGAGAUGGACAUCCACACCACAACCACCAACAACCACAACGGCGAGGGAUCAUCAAAUAGUAUGUCCGGCCCUCCGGCUAUGGUAAGCAGCACAAUGGCAGGAACAUACGGUCUCCUUCGCGAUAACCGCGAAAGAAACCUGGGAGUCAUGAUGCGGUUGAAUGCGGCUAGAAGGAAAAGUCUGCAGUUUGCGCCAAAGGUGGGGAGUCCGCUUGCUAGGAGUUGGACUGGAAGGAAUGGUAACAAUAACAACAAUAACGGUGGUAGAGGGGCCGGUGUAGGAGGAGGUGGUGGUGGAGGUGUAGGUGGAGGUACGACGGGCGCAGGUACAGCGCAGUAA